AUGUCAAAGACGUUCAGCGCCAACGACGUCGCGUCGCAUAAGACGCCCGACUCCCUAUGGAUCAUUGUCGACGAGGACGUCUAUGACCUGACAAAGUUCCAAGAUGACCACCCAGGCGGCAAGAAGAUCCUCCAAAGAGUAGCCGGAAAGGAUGCCUCCAAACAGUUCUGGAAGUACCACAACGAGGGUAUCCUGAAGAAGUACAAAGGGCAACUGCAGGUCGGCAGCCUCGACACCAAGCCAAAGGUAGAGGCCAAGCCUGCAGCAGAGCCAAUGCCCGUUGCUGCUCCCAAGUCAGCCCCCGCAAAGAAGCCAGUCGCCCCCAAGGGCGAGGAGGAGGCCGAGGCCCUGGAGCCAUUCGGCGAGCAGAUUCCCUUUUCCGACCCAAGUUGGUACCAAGGAUUCCACUCCCCCUUCUUCAACGAGACCCACGCCGCUCUCCGAGCCGAGGUCCGCGAAUGGGUCGAGAACGAGAUCGAGCCCAACGUCACCGAGUGGGACGAGAAGAAGGAGGUUCCUCCCGAGAUCUACAAGGAGAUGGGCCGCCGGGGUUACCUGGCUGGCCUGCUCGGAACGGCCUUCCAGAGCGACUACACCGAUAACAAGAUCAAGUCGGUGGCCCCAGAGCAGUGGGACCUCUUCCACGAGAUGCUCAUCACCGACGAGCUCUCGCGCGCCGGCUCCGGUGGCUUCGUCUGGAACGUCAUCGGCGGUUUCGGCAUCGGCUGCCCGCCGCUGGUCAAGUUUGGCAAGAAGGCCCUCAAGGACCGCAUCCUGCCUGGCAUCCUGAACGGUGACAAGCGCAUCUGCCUGGCCAUCACGGAGCCAGAUGCAGGCAGUGAUGUCGCCAACCUGACCUGCGAGGCCAAGCUGAGCGAGGACGGCAAGCACUACAUUGUCAACGGCGAGAAGAAGUGGAUCACAAACGGUAUCUGGUCUGACUAUUUCACGACUGCCGUUCGGACGGGCGGUCCCGGCAUGAACGGCGUCUCUCUCCUGCUCAUCGAGAGGGAGGCUGGAGGUGUCUCGACGAGGAGGAUGGACUGCCAGGGUGUGUGGUCGUCCGGAACCACCUACAUCACGUUCGAGGAUGUCAAGGUGCCAGUUGAGAACCUCCUCGGCAAGGAGAACCAGGGCUUCAGAGUCAUCAUGACCAACUUCAACCACGAGCGGAUCGGCAUCAUCAUCCAGUGCCUGCGCUUCUCGCGGGUGUGCUUUGAGGAGUCGGUCAAGUACGCCAACAAGCGCAAGACGUUCGGCAAGAAGCUGAUGGAGCACCCCGUCAUCCGCCUCAAGCUGGCCCACAUGGCCCGCCAGAUCGAGGCCUCGUACAACUGGCUCGAGAACCUCAUCUACCAGUGCGAGAAGAUGGGCGAGACCGAGGCCAUGCUGCGCCUGGGCGGGCCCAUCGCCGGCCUCAAGGCGCAGGCCACCGUCACCUUUGAGUUCUGCGCCCGCGAGGCCUCGCAGAUCUUUGGCGGGCUCUCGUACUCCCGCGGCGGCCAGGGCGGCAAGGUCGAGAGGCUUUACCGUGAUGUGAGGGCCUAUGCCAUUCCUGGAGGCUCGGAAGAGAUCAUGCUUGAUCUGUCCAUGCGGCAGUCGAUGAGAGUUGCUAAGAUGCUGGGAGGCAUGAAGCUGUAG